AUGCGGGUAUUGAAGAGGCGGAGAAUAUUGUGUUACUACAACUACUCGUACUGCUGCUCGUACUACAUCACGUCGCAAAGGUGUUAUGCCAAGUAUGAAAAGAGGAGUGGGUUUAAUGAAGCUCUGAAGCUCUCGGAGGCUCGUGCACUUUACCAAAGUCUCUACAAUUCCAAGUUUCAAUACGAUCAUGUGUGGAGUAUUGUGUGUGAAACUAAUAAGUUCAAAGCUGAACUAAAGACCAAACGUAAGAAAGACAACGAUAGUGAUUCGUCAAAAAGGAACAAGAUUUCUGAAUAUGUUGAGGGUUUUGAUGAAGUUGAUGAGCCCCGACCAACAGGUCAACAAGCUGCAAAGAAACAACUAGCUGCCCAGAGAAAGGGAAAAAGCACCCAAAGUGAUCAUAGUGAAGCCAUAUCAGUUGCAAAAGAUAUUCAAGAGUCACGUGUACAAUCAAUGAGUCGUAUGACAGAUUUGAAGGAGCAGGAGCUUGAAAACCAACUACUUUGUGCCGAUGUCACCAAGAUGGCUCCUUUGCAAAGAAAGAUUCAUGAGAAGAAGUUGCAAGCACUUGCAGAAAAAUAUGGAUGGACUUUUGAUGAUUAG